AUGGAAGUGGCACUGUGCCAUUAUCACAUCUAUAAAUCUCGUGAUGAAAGUAGGAAUCCCAUGCUCACAGACUGGUUUAGAUUCAAUGUUAGCAUUGUUUAUCGUUCAUCGAUUCAUUCAAACAGCACCAGCUACGAAAAGUUUUGUUUCGUUGACAUUCCAAUCGUAGUUUGCAAAAGCUUCUUCACACGAGAGGGUCACAAUUUCCUACGGUCACAUUUAUUACCUGUUCGAUAUUUCACCCCUGAACUGCUUGAAAAGAUAAUACCCCCAAUAGCAUCAUGGGUUAGAGGAUUGUUCAAGUUAACUGAUAAUAAUGACCCUGGACAUGCUAACGCUAUGGGUUUGCAACCCCAUGUGUUUCCUUUGAACUUGGACAUUGAGUUUGAGUUGCCAUGCGAUCAAUGUGAGGGUGAAACGACGAAAGAGUCCAUUGGCAUGCAACAGGUUAAAUCCAUUAUUUCACCUUCUGAGAACGCUAACGCCACCGCGUCGCCACAGACGGAGUAUUGUACAAUUUGCUUGGGUGAGUGUCGAUGGUGUGAUGGUGAUAACAUGUAG